UGUUAAAAUUCAAAUAUUGCUAUAUUAGAAAAUAUCUGUAUGAUGUUUCAUUCCAUUUCUCGAAUGUUCCACAGUUUUAAGAAAGACAUUUUAAAAUCAGGGAUGCCUUCAUCGCUGACAGCUGACAGUUGUAUAUUAGUUGUGAAACUCGCUAGUGCGCGACGGAAGUGGCAUUGCGUCUACAUAUUACUUAAACUUAUUUUUUAUAUCAUAUAAUAUUAUUAAAUAUAAAAUUAUAAGAAAAAAAUAAUUACCAGCAGUGUGAAAUUUUUUUUUUAAAUUCAAGUGCUAAACUGAUAAGUGCAAAAGUUAUGCAGAAACGGCACGCACUACAAAUAGUGGGUGCUCUUUUCUCCAUGUUUGUGUCCACUUUAGCAUUUGCUAAUUACACAACCCGAACCCCCCUAGGCAAUAGCAGUGUGUUAAUAGAAAAAGUCUAGAUAUGGGCAUUCAUAAUAAUUUGAAUGCUGGACGAAAUUGUCAACCAUCAUUAUUACAUCUCACCAUGCUAACUUCUAUUGUGGCAGCAGCACUCGGCUCUGCCACUCCAACCGAUAAUGUGCAUAAUGCACAGAAUGUGCCACACUUAGAGGAACACAAUAGGCCAGCUAUACCGUAUUGUGUUGAUAGCAAUGAACGCACGAUUGGACGUAGGCUUUUGUAUGUUACAACCUUAGAUGGACGCCUCUCCACGCUCGAUAUAUCGAAAUCUGGUAAAUUACAUUGGAGCUUAGCAACAAGCCCCGGUGCCUUAAUUUCAUCAAGUAUUCAUCGACUUGAACUAACUAACAAUGGACAGUUUGUACGUAUGAUCCCUUCUUUGAGUGGCGGAAUUUAUAAAUUUGAUGGUGAAUCUAUUGAUCCGAUACCAAUAACCACCGAACAUUUGCUUAGUUCUUCUGCAAAAUUUUCGGAUGAUUUGGUUAUUUCUGGUGGUAAAGAGACCCGUACCUAUGGUGUGUCAGCACGUACUGGACAAUUAUUGUAUGAAUGUUCGAUGAAUGGUUGUAUAAACUCCACCCAUGCUGAUUUGACACGUUCAAAUGUUGAUAAUUACAAGGAUAAAGAUAAAGAGAAUAAUUUCACUGUUGAGCAUGAUCCAGCUUUGGAUGAUGUUAUCGUAGUGCGAAGGCAAACUCAAACUGUACGCGCUGUAGAAUCUCGAACUGGUGUUGAACGUUGGAACUUCAGUGUGGGACAACAUGAAUUGGAUUUGCUUAAAUCAUCUGAAUGCCAUGAUAGCCAAUUUAGUGAAUUGGAUUUAGCUAUGUUGGAUGUGGAUGUAAAAAUCAUUGUACCCGAAGGAAUUGUGUGUGCAUUUAGUACCACUGAUCCAAAUGUUAUGCUGUGGAAGUAUAAAUUUGAUCAUCCAAUUGUUAGUGCUUGGAAGAUAGGACCUGCAGAUGAGCUUGAAUCAAUAGAUAUGUUUAGUUCAGCACAAUGGUUGUGGGAUCAUGAUGAAAAUAUUUUUGAAGCACCAAAUCCAUCUACUGCUCCAUCAAUAUAUUUAGGCAUGUAUGAAAAGCAGUUAUAUAUACAAGAAUCAAUUAAUUUGCGUAAAGAAAUUACCUAUAAAUCAUCAGAGUUGUACAAUCAAUUAUCAAAGGUUGAAACACGUUUGCCUAAAAUUCCUUGGCGUCCUAUAGCUGCAAGCAGUAACUCAUUGUCUAUUGUCCGAGAUGAUAAAAUCAUAGGCAGCAGUGGCACAAUACCACCAAAUAGAGAAGAAAGGGAAGUAAAUGGUAAUGAAUUGGUACCAUACGAUGAGGAACAUUUUGCAGUUUCAGCGCAAUCUGUACUAAAUGCAUCAGAAUAUGUAAAUGGCAAUGGCUUUUAUUUCUACACAAUUGAUGAUCUAAAUAAAACUAAUGGAAAUAUAUUGUGCGAAUCAACAAAUACUGUGCCAGCUAUUGAGGAUGCACCACGUAAUAAUGAAUCAAACUUAACGUAUGUUGAUGAUUUAGGUUUCAGUUUAGACGAUGUUGAUGCACCAGUUAAAGUAGUAAUUUUAUCCUUGUGGUUUUGGUGGAAGGAGAUUGUUGUUAUUGCCCUUACCUCGGCUUUAUUGCUAAAUUUUAUAAUGGGACGCCGUGAGAUAAUGGUUAUUGAACGGCAUAUACCUGUGCCAACAGCAUUUGAAGCUACAGAAACUUCUACUGAAUUAUUAUUGGGACCAACAACUAAUUCCACAAAAACUAAUAGUACAAGUGCUAAUGGUGUAUACAGAUCAUUAUCUGAAUCAACAUCAAAUUCUAGUGAAAAUUUUUCAUCAAGAUUUCAAGGUGAUUUUGAAUUAAUGCGAUGUUUGGGCCGCGGUGGUUUUGGUGUGGUUUUCGAAGCGAAAAAUAAAAUAGACGAUUGUAAAUAUGCUGUGAAACGUAUAACAUUGCCCAAUAAGAAAGAAUCGCGAGAUCGCGUUAUGCGAGAAGUAAAGACAUUAGCACACUGUGAACAUCAGAACAUAGUUCGUUAUUUUCAAGCUUGGGUUGAAACACCUCCGAUUGGUUGGCAGGAAGAAGAAGACAGCAAAUGGUUAGUGCAUGAAAUGUCUACUUCUAUUCAAAUUGAGACUCCAGAUGGUAGUACAUUACCGUCUUUUCCCAAUGGAGUAGCACAGCAUGAACAAUUGCAUAUCGCUAAAAAGAAAUUUUUACAAUCAUGGGUGUCUAGUGUAACUAGUACAGCAUGUAGCUCAGAUUUUGAAUGUAAAAAUGGUUAUAAUGAGUUUGAUGAAGAUGAAGAAGAUUCCUGUAUAAUUUUUCGAAGCGAUUCGCAAUCAUUAGCCAUUCAAGAAUCAGAUACCAAUAGUGGUAUUAAUGCAAACGUUAAUCCCGUCAAAUCUGAUGCCGUAUCUAUUGACAUACAUUCCAAUUCGUUUGAUAUGAGUUUGAAACAAAAUACUAAAAAAAUUGACUAUUCUCAACUUUCCGAUUCUUUUCAAAUCGAAUUUGUACGUUACUCUAAUGAACCCCAAAGUCAAAACAUAUGGGAUGAGAGUACAAAUGAUGCAGAUAAAUCCAAAUCGCAGUCAAAUAAAGCAAUUAAAACUAGUUCAACAAAAAAGCAAAGGCCGCUCUCAUUGGAGCUAGGAAAUGAGCAUAAUAAUAAUAGUUGUAGAAGUCUCAUACCAUUACAAAACUCUAAUGUACCGAAACCAGUACAAAAUAAAGUUUAUUUAUAUAUACAAAUGCAGUUGUGUCGUAAGGAAAGCUUGCGUGAAUGGCUGCGUAUCACUAAAAUAAAAGAGCGCGAACAGUUUGUAGGUAGUAUAUUUUAUCAAAUUGUGGAUGCAGUAGACUAUGUACACCUUAAGGGUUUAAUACAUCGAGAUCUCAAACCAAGCAAUAUAUUUUUCUCACAAAAUGGACAAAUAAAAAUUGGGGACUUUGGGCUGGUUACUGAUAUGUCAGACAUACCUAAUUUGGUAACUAAAUGUAGUGAUCAGACUGGAAUGCCCUCCUGUGCGCGUCAUACACAACAAGUGGGCACACAUUUGUAUAUGUCACCAGAGCAAUUACUCGGCAAACAUUAUGACUAUAAAGUUGACAUAUACUCUUUAGGUUUAAUAUUUUUUGAGUUACUAACUCAUUUUGGUACUGAAAUGGAACGCAUCGUAACAAUGCGUGGACUUCGUGGUGGGCAGUAUCCAAAAGAUUUUUCAGUUAAUCAUGCAGAAGAAUAUAAACUGCUUAAUUCAAUGUUAUCUAAUGAUCCAGCAAAAAGACCGUCAACGCACGAUUUAAAACAAGAGCUGAAACAUGUGCUAACAGUACCCGAUAUGAUGGGCGAUGGAGACGCAGCUGCUAUGGCAGCGGUAGCUAGAAGACUCAGUAAUGGUCGUACUAUUAGUGGUAGCGAAUAAAAUGGUCAAGAAUAUCUCUUGCAACUAGCCUUACGGGUAUUGCAAGCUGUUUUUUGACUUUUAUGACAUUAUUUGUUUCAUACAUUUUUAUAUGUGGAUACUUUUUAUUUACCUUAACAAAUGCUGUAGAUGCAAAAGAUCAAUAGUGUCAAAAUGUGUAAUUGAGUAAGUGUAUCUAUGUAAAACACCAUAAUUUAUUACACAUUGUAUUUAAAUUGCUGUAAUAGAAUUGAAAAACCUGUUUUUCUUGUAAAAUUAAAAAUGUUUAGUAAUGUGCCAAUUUUAUAAUUUAAUAUCUAUGUAUGUAUAUAUGUGGUUUAUGUAGAUUCAUUUAUUUAUUAUAUUUCUAUUGAACUAAAAGAGGUUAUCUCUUUUUUCCAUACAUUUCUUAAAAUACGGUUUAGUCAAACCUUUCUUAACAAUU